CCAUUGACUCGGUAGCUUCUUCGGGAAGGUGUCCUUAAACCGACAGCAGUUGCUGCACUGUUUCAGAUCUGCAAUCAACAUCAACUUUUACAAAAAUCGGGUUAGCAUCAUCAACCAUUGUCUUUCGCGUUUCUGUCGUCUGAGAAUUAUUCUUAUGUGCUUAGCUCAUUUCACAACCAUCUUUCUUAUCCUUUUAGAACACUCUCUCCACUUACUGUUUUCUUAAUGAAUUAUUCUCAGUGAAAACUGUAUUGAAAGCUAUUGGUUGAACCAAACAAUGCAUUUAGUUCUUACAAAAAAACCAUCAACUGACUUUGUACGCAUUUGCUUCUUCUACUGAUAUUCUCAGUAAAUAUGGUAUACUGUGGCACACUGGUCAAGUCUCUAUCAACAAACAUAACAACUGCAACUCGACCCACCUGCUCUCCUGCAAAAGAUGGUAAUGAACAAGGUCAUAAGGGCACCAGGUAGGUUGAGAGUAGCUUCCAGGUAUUUGACAUGUUUAAUUUUGAUAAGAAGAUAGGUCACCAAUAUGUUUACUUUGACAGCUCAAGAGGAAGAAGGUCAACAGAACAAGAAACAGUUGUUGGUUCUAUGCAAACGAUUAUUUGUAUUGUUCAAUUGCUGCUUUUCUUGGUCUGUAUUGAGAUCGAUCAUUGUUUAGAUAUCAGUAACAGUGUGCAAUCGGAAUUUGAAAGUGCUUUGAACUUGGAUCAUAAAGGAUGGUGGAUGUGGCUGCUGCUGGUGUGGGGAACGCAAGUAAGGAUCCAAAUUUGAUCCCACCACCUCCUCCAACCAUUCCACCCAAUGUGAAGCCAAGAGUCCUGACUUCUCCCAAGUAUUCUAUUACGAGUAGGAAACAAUUGCUUGCGAACCACUUCAAACUCACUGCGAAAGCUCCAGAUUUUGUAUUCUACCAAUAUUCUGUUCAUAUUACUUCUGAAAACAAGAAGCCCGCUCAAGGCAAGGGAAUUGGCAGAAAACUGGUUGACAGGCUCUAUCAAACAUAUUCUUCUAAACUUGCUGAUAACAAGUUUGUGUAUGAUAAAGAGAAAGCUCUAUAUACAGCUGGUCCUCUGCCGCAAAACAAGCUUGACUUUACAGUUCCCCUGCAGGAGACAUUUGCAAAGAGAAGCAGAUAUUCCGGAAGGAAUUCAAGAAGUUUACAAGGAAGUUCAAGCAAAGUUCAGUUGGCAGUGCUGUUUGUAUGCGCUUCACGAAGUGGUAAUGUUUGUGAAAGAACCUCAUCUUAAACUGGAACAGAUUUUCAGUUAAAUGUGACUUCAGCUUAUCAGAAGGUUGUGUGCGCAUCAGUGUUUUGCUGAAUUGCAAAGUAUUAUUCCUUCAUGGUCAAAGCUUAUGCUCAGUGGCUCAGCCAGCCCCUCCAAUUAUGUGAAUUUGCUAUUUGUUGUCUAUAUCUGUAUGAAUAUUAAGUGGUAGCUUCCAACCUCUUACAUUCACUCUGUACUUCUUUCAAACCUGUAUUUACACUUUCUUUUCUACUCUUUCAUUUUCAGUUAAGUUUCAGUUUCUAAUUCCCGCAGCAAAGCGCGGGCGACUAUUACUAGUGAUACUUCAGGCGAGAAGACCUUUUUUUUUUUU